GGGGCGGCGCGAGCGGCCAGAAGCUGCCCGGCCUGGACCGGGGCGGCGGCGGCGGCGGCGGCAGCGACGCCAGAGCCGGAGGGCGCCGUUGCGAGGCCGCCGCAGGGACCCGGCCGCAGAGCGGGGAGGCCUGAGGUCUGGAGGCCGCCGCCGCCGCCAUGCCGCUGCUCUUCCUGGAGCGCUUCCCCUGGCCCAGCCUCCGUACCUACACGGGCCUCAGCGGCCUGGCCCUGCUCGGCACCAUCGUCAGCGCCUACCGAGCCCUCAGCCAGCCCGAGGCCGGGUCCGGGCCCGGCGAGCCGGAGCCGCUAACGGCCCCGGUGCAGCCAGAGCCGGCCGCGCUCGCCGGGCCGGGCGCUGGGGGCCCGCGGGCCCGCGACGUAGCUCAGUACCUGCUCUCGGACAGCCUGUUCGUGUGGGUUCUAGUAAAUACUGCUUGCUGUGUUUUGAUGUUGGUGGCUAAGCUAAUCCAGUGUAUUGUAUUUGGCCCUCUUCGAGUGAGCGAGAGACAGCACCUGAAAGACAAGUUUUGGAAUUUUAUUUUCUACAAGUUCAUCUUUAUUUUUGGUGUGCUGAAUGUCCAGACAGUGGAAGAGGUGGUCAUGUGGUGCCUCUGGUUUGCUGGACUUGUAUUUCUGCAUCUGAUGGUUCAGCUCUGCAAGGACCGAUUUGAAUAUCUUUCCUUUUCUCCCACCACACCGAUGAGUAGCCACGGGCGAGUUCUGUCGCUGUUGACCGCCAUGCUGCUUUCCUGCUGUGGACUAGCGGUUGUCUGUUGCAUCACAGGCUACACCCAUGGGAUGCACACACUGGCUUUCAUGGCUGCGGAGUCUCUUCUUGUGACAGUGAGGACUGCUCAUGUGAUUUUACGAUACGUAAUUCACCUCUGGGACCUUAACCAUGAAGGGACAUGGGAAGGAAAGGGAACAUAUGUCUAUUACACGGAUUUUGUCAUGGAGCUCACUCUCUUGUCCCUGGACCUCAUGCACCAUAUUCACAUGUUGUUAUUUGGCAACAUCUGGUUAUCCAUGGCCAGCUUGGUCAUCUUUAUGCAGUUGCGUUACCUAUUCCAUGAAGUCCAGCGGCGAGUCCGCCGGCACAAGAACUAUUUGCGUGUGGUUGGGAACAUGGAAGCCAGGUUUGCGGUUGCAACUCCAGAGGAGCUGGCAGUCAAUAACGAUGACUGUGCCAUCUGCUGGGACUCCAUGCAGGCUGCCAGGAAACUGCCCUGUGGGCAUCUUUUCCACAACUCCUGUCUUCGUUCCUGGCUAGAGCAAGAUACCUCCUGCCCAACAUGCAGAAUGUCUCUUAAUAUUGCUGACAAUAAUCGUGUCCAGGAAGACCAUCAAGGAGAGAACUUGGAUGAGAAUUUGGUUCCUGUAGCCGCAGCUGAAGGCAGACCUCGCCUAAACCAACACAAUCACUUCUUUCAUUUUGAUGGGUCGAGGAUUGCGAGUUGGCUGCCGAGUUUUUCAGUUGAAGUGAUGCACACCACCAACAUCCUGGGCAUUACCCAGGCCGGCAACUCCCAGCUUAACGCAAUGGCUCAUCAGAUUCAAGAAAUGUUUCCCCAGGUUCCAUACCACCUCGUACUGCAGGACCUCCAACUGACACGCUCAGUUGAAAUAACAACAGACAACAUUUUAGAAGGACGGAUUCAAGUACCUUUUCCCACACAGCGGUCGGAUAGCAUUAGACCUGCGCUGAACAGUCCUGUGGAAAGGCGAAAUGGUGACCAGGAGGAGGGAGAAGUUUCUGCACAGACUGAGCGUAUGCCUCUGGACCUCAGUCCUCGGCUAGAGGACACCUUGGACUUGAGCGAAGCAGAAGUGGAGCCCAGUGAGGGGGAAGACUUUGAGGCUCGGGGGAGCCGCUUCUCCAAGUCUGCUGAUGAGAGACAGCGCAUGUUAGUCCAGCGCAAGGAUGACCUCCUGCAGCAGGCUCGGAAGCGUUUUUUGAACAGAAGUUCUGAAGAUGACUCAGCCUCAGAGAGCCGCCUCCCCUUGGAGAGUGUGACCUCUGACCCUGUGACCCUGCGUCGAAGGAUGCUGGCUGCUGCUGCAGAGCGCAGACUUCAGAAGCAGCGGACCUCCUAGGGCCUCUUGGCCUCCCUCAGCCGCCGCCUCCUGAGCAGUGUGCUGCUGGAAGAGGCCUGCUCCUGGUUCUGCCUGCCGGUUGAAGAGGCAGGCUUGACUGCAUUGCCGCUGUACAAAGCAUGUGGUCUCAAUAGUGUUUGGACAGCUGACAAACUUAAUCCUUUUUUGUAAUACUUUCUAUGUGACAGUCUCUACCCUAUAGAAACACUGCACAAUCAUUUUAACUCUAGGCAUGCUCUUUUCUGGCAUUGACUGAACUUCUUAGGGGUGGGGGAAGAGCAGAGGAAGUGGGCAACCAGAGAUCCUGAAGCAGGCGCAGCUUUGAUGACUGCCUUAUGCAUAAGUCACAGCAAAUGCUGGUUUCUUUAGCACCAAGUCUGGUGGGAAUUGUGGUUGGGGGUGUGGGGGAGGAUUCAUAGCCAGGAGCGUGGCGACACACAGCAUGAGCCCAGUGCAUGGCAGCGGGUGCUUUCCUUUGCCACACUGCUGCUCUUCUUGAGGAGGGACUCGAGCUACAGAGGCCAGAACUGUGGGCCGCUGGACCUGUGGACCAGCAGGGCAUCUUGGAAAAACACUCCUCGUUUGCUACCCAGGCAGAGAAGGGGAAAGCGCAGGGCUGUGGCGUGAGAAGGGGCCGCUGGUCCCAGCACAUCUGGGACUCCUUCUGAGCCCCCAGUCCAAAGCUGGCUUUGCUUCCAUUAAUGCCGGUGCUCCCACUUCUCCCAAGUACAUCCUGCAUCUGUCCUUUCCUCUCUGCCUUUCAUUGCCUUCCCUGGAAAUGGGGAAGUUCAGCACUGGAAGGGUUAAGUGGCAAGCUUUGGUUUGUGGUUUCCAUUCUUUGGUCAAAUAAAUUAAGCAAUGCCCACG